AUGUCUGCUCGUGACAUUUCGAGUGUAAUUGAAUUGUUGCAAUCUAACAAGGUCAAGACCAGGAACGAUGCUUUAAAUUUAUUAUCGGGCUAUGCAAUUGACAAUUUGCGGCUUUCAAAUAAACAGUUUGCAGCUCUAUGUAAAAGCCUUUUUAAGAGUCUCAUUGAAGAACGGGACGCGAAGAUCGUGAACUCAUCCACAGAGCAAAGGCUUAUCUUCGCUUCAACCAUCAUAUUCGAGAUAGUUGGAGAUUGUUUGCGGUCUUCAACAGUUCUGCGCCAGAAACUCAAAUUCCUUUCAGAGUUCGGCCUUUCUUUGAAAUCCUUUUACCAGUCGAUUUACUACAAAUCAGCUGAUGAUGGCAGACCAAUGUUCAUAGAACAUUGCGCGCCAACUAAGAGUAGUAUUGCAAAAUGUUUGGCAUUAAUGAUGCGUAGUUGGGGCCUUUUUACACACCUAUCAGAGACUCUUUGGACUGAGUACUGUGACUUCUGUAUUUGGGCAAUUCAAACAGAGCUACAACUUACGCAACUAGAAGCAGACUCAAAUGCCUAUCAGUUUACUAAUGAAGGUCUCCUAAAUCAGCUUUAUCUAUUGUUGAGUAGCCUUCUAGGCGUUGAGCUGUCAUUUACCAUUUCUCCAUCUACACUGAAGAAAUAUCGAAAGAUUAUCUUUACAAUACUAGAAAACACCUGUCUCUGCUUCAGAAAAAAGGAAAGUGUGCUACACACCAGCAUUCUCAAAAUCAUCAAUAAAUUAAUCAUAAUUCUAGCAGGUGAGGACAUGUGGACCUCUCAUUGCCUAAUAGACCUAGAGAUUAAGAUGUUUCUACAAUUUUCAACAACACCUACCGAAGCAUUAAUGCAUCAACUCCAACUAGCGAUGAAUAUUGAAUCCUUCCAUUUUUUGAUGAGCCUUGACCACCUACCUCCAAAAACGUUGCUUGAAGUUACGGGUGAAGACCCAGAUGGCCAAUUUUCCGAUACUCAGAUGUACAAUCUUGAGCGCAUGAUAGAGUUGCAAAUAGAACUCGCUCAAGGACCGAGAUUUAAAGUAUUUCCAUCCGACUUUGAUGUGGUCUCUUUUCGGAAUCAUCAAGAUUGGUACAACUUAAGAUUGAUAAGGUUGGUGUCUGACAAUCGUCUCGGCUGGCUUGUAAUAAGUGGUCUUGCGAAGCUUCUCAUUACAUAUUUCAGGAUUCGCGCGAAAAGUCUUCAUCAUUCAAAAAAGUCAUUGGUCCGAAUGAGGGACUGCUCUGAUAACAUUCAUCAGACCAAGAGACGUAAAACAACAGAAAAAAGAUUUAAUAUAAAUCUGUUUCAAAAUUUGAGUAACUUGCUCCAAUAUAUGCUAGAUAGCGAAGACGUCAAAUGGCGAACUUGUGGCUUACAAUUAAUGAUAUUCAUUUGCGAGCAUGAGCCUGAAAUUUCGAUUGAAAGCUUCGAGCUAAGACCUAGCGCAUUGAAGUCUAGCCACAAGGACUUUGACCAACAUGAUUCAGUGACCUUAUUAACAGAAUUCAGCAAACACAUCCUCACAGAACCUUUUUGGUCAUUGUUAGCAUGUCACGAGUUGCUAGCGAGAUUGGAAAUUCUGCCAGAGGCAUGCAAUGACGAUCCUCUUAAAAAUUGCUUGCAAACGGUAAUGAAGUCGACUGUCUCGUUAAUGAAUUCUUGGUCCUCAUACAAAAGUUGCUCUUGUAUUUUUAUCUCAUUGGCUGAAGAUCAUUGUUCUCUCCUACCUUCAGAAUGGAUCAGCGGUGUCUGUAAAGACAUCAUUGAUUUUCCGGUUAUGGCUGGCCCCCCAUGUUUGGACUUCUAUUCAUGUCGUUUUUGGAUGACACUAGCUACCCUUCACUCGGGGUCAAGUUUAUCCGAGCAACACUUACUCCAUCGAGCGAUUGUGCUUUGGAUCACAAACGUAUGUCAGACUUCGCAUAGAUUGCAUGACAACGUUGCAAAUCCAAAUUCCCUUUCAAAGUACUUGCCCAUUUUCAUGAGUUGGUUGCUUGGGAACAAUGUAAGUUUUCCUCUAUUCAUAAACUCAAUCUUUUUUCAGCCAGACAAUCUCUAUCGAGAAAUGAAAAGACAUUAUUCUGUCACAUGUUUUCUAAGCCUUGCAGAUCAUAACACCACAAGAAGCUAUGAUAAAAGCAGAUUCGAGUUUUUGGGCAUCGCGAUAGCUCAAGAUUUGCAUAAUGUGCUAUUGAAACAAUUCAGUGAAUUCAAUUAUUUCGACAUAGAGCAAGCGUGCAAUGCUAAUUGUUUGGUGACUUCGGCUAUAAUGCUUUCUUCUAUUUCAGACCUUUACCUACGGUUUGAUCCGAUACAAGCUGCUUUAAUUGAGGAACACGCUAUGGACCUAAUUCUGUCCCUGGCAAAAUUGAUAAAUCUGAAAACUGAAGCUCUUAAAGUAGUUGAGUCCAUCAGCGAUUUGGAACCACGAAGAGAAACCCUUGAGAAACUAAAUUUUCCCUUCGAAAUAAUAGAUUUUCGGAUUCAAACUGAUUUACUUCCUAAUUCGCUAUCCUCCAUAUCAACUAGUGUUUUGUUAGAGGAUGAAUUCUCACAAAGUCAUACGCGCUCCAAUUUAGGAACACCAGAAACUAUAAAUUGCCCCGAGAAAUUAUGUCAGAGCAUUUAUCUUUACUACCUUUUCAGUUGCGUAUCGCUUCAAGCUGCAUUUACUUAUGCUGCAAAGCUUGAAACCGCUGAGUUAUUGAAUUGUGCUGAUCUUGUUCUCUCAUUUGCUUCCAAGAAAUUCGGUCAAGAGGGUUUGUUUCGACUCAUACGGGUAAUGGGUGAGAAAGUUUUGUCCUCACUGACCUAUGAACGGGACCCGACCGCCCUCAUUUUAGCAACGAAAGCUUUACGAAUGGUAUUUGAUGAUUCGAGCCUGCUUGACGCUGCUCAGUCUGAUUGCCAAGACCUUGCAAAGUAUCUCUUGAGCCUUGAAAAUGACAAACUUUUGAUUGUCGAAGAGUGCCACGCUUACAUUUUUACGUUGAGGGCUACUGUGAGCAUGACUAUUCCAGAUGAACAGCUCCUUCCGUCCAUGGGCCGCAGCUUUGACAAUUUCACGAAUGUUUCUCUCCAAUUUGUAUGUGAACUGAUCAAAGAAAUCGAUUUUUUGAUGCCUAUCCUAGAUAAAAGAAUGGAAUUGAACCUGUCAAUAUUCCCGAUUGAGAGCCGAGAUUUUAAUUCCGUAGAACGAUACGCAACGAUUUGCAACAUCUUGCUAUCGUUGUCGAAGGCUGAUAUAUACCUGCCAUUAAGAAUUGUUCAAACCCUCACUGAGUUAUCGGAGAACAAUGCUAUCGUUCCGUACCUGAGUCGAUGUAUACUGAACAUGGCAUUCACAGAUGGUUUCGACGAAUCUCGCUUGUUCUUGGCUCAGAACUGUCUUCCGAUACUCAAAACCUGGUCCGAUUCCAAGCGGUCUUUAGAAAAGUUUCCUUAUCUGAUAUUUGGUUAUCACGAGUGGAAAGAUUUUGCCCAUGAAAACAGCUCGAUCAUCACCUCUAUUUGGCUAUCGGCAGGCAUUCGUCCAGAGCUUCUCAAAUCAAGGCCGGUUGCAACAACACUUAUCACACCUAUAAAUGUUUAUGAGGAACCUGUCAUUGUCUCGAGUCUUCCGAAAGCAAUUCCGUUGGCUUUCGCAUCAAACGGUAUUGAGAAGAAAAUCUAUCAAAACUUUGCUUCAUUUUUCAAAGACAAAUUCGACAAAACUAUGUCAGAACUACUUAUUUUAAUCAUUUUGGAAACAAUUCAACUCACUGACUUCAAAACUGGAGUCCAAUCAAGAAUGAUUGUGAAAGGUAUGAGCAAAUCAUCUCUCAAUUCUUCCAACCACGAUGCUGGCGCAGUGCCCAGCUAUCAGCUUUUACCGAGCAUGAGCGAGGAGAUCAUUUCAUCAUUGAUCCAAGAAUUCCAUCCACAAAAUGAGUCAUUCUGGAGCAUGCAAACGAUUCAUUUCCUUUUGCGCCGCCUAUCAAUUGCUCAAUCACAACCAAUUAAUGAUGUAAGGAGGCUCAAAUUUCUAAUACGCAUCUGCAAGUUCGAUUUCACAGGGAGCGCUGUUACCACCCAGCUAAUGGAGAUGUGCCUCAAGUAUGUGUGCACAGAAGCCAGGGAUGAAGUUUCAGACAUCUUAAGUGAAAUUCAGAUCAAAGAUCUUCUUUCAGUUCCCCAAAUCCAACUCAACUCAGUCAUUACUUCAAUUUUAUCAGCUUAUCUAUCGGGUAGUGACCACCUGUUGAAGUCUUUCAUGUUCUUGGAAAAACUUAAGAGUUAUUUGGAAAAUUUUCGGGAGUCCUUUUUGGAUUCCAAAGUUCUUGACUUCUAUGUCUCCGUAGUCCAUUUAAUCCAAAAUCCAGCCGCUGAAAUGCGGAUAUCAUCACUUGAAGAUUUCUUGGAUGAUGAACACAUUGAGGUUCUUGCUGCCAAAAGAUUUGAUGCAUUUGCUUCAUUAAUUUUAAGGGUCUUUCCCCGUAUCGUUGAUGUACAGAAUGCGAGGGGAAGCAGGUGUUUGAUCUCGCUUUUUUUGAACCAUCAUUACAAUACCGAGAAGAAUAUCGACUUAAGAGUGAAGGCUGCAGAGUAUAUGGCUCAGCAUUAUUUAAAAGGACAUUUUCGGCAAAACUUGAAGACAUACGCUCAAGUUUCAGAGGCUGGUGUCUUGACUGAUUCGAUGAGAAACGAUAUGAGCUUCAUGGUUGUCUAUUUCGAGAAUUUGAUGUCCACUACAGAUUCAAAUCUAGUUGCGUACGUGGAAUCUUUAAUUGGUGUCUUGCUCUACUUUCGUGAUCAAGAGUUCAACGAUGCAUUCAAAAUGUUUGAUAUCAACCACCUCUCUGAGACUACUCAGAAGAUUUGUUUUCCAGUCAACCACAAGAUGUUUAGUCUUUUGUAUCCAGAUACCUUUCCACCGCUCACAUACGAAGAGACCUUACAGGCCUUGCAAACGUUCAAACCUCUCAUCGAUGAAUCGCAGUAUUGCAAGUGGGUACAAACUUUAUUUUCAGUCAUUAUUGGGAAUCUCGACAGAAGUCUGAGGUUCGCAAGGGUUCUCAGUAGCUUUGGUCAGUACGCGCCAACAAAACUCGCGCCCAUCAUUCCCCAACUCGUUUGCCACUACAUUGAUGCUGGGGGGCAAAAUGCCUCAAAAUUUGUCAGUGAUAUCAUAGCAGAUUUUUGUGUUCCUGAGAGCCCGAAUCACUGCUUAGAUAGCGUGAUUCUUAUUAAGGACGUUGUUCUUGCAAUUAGAUCGCGAGCUUUAGAUGGACAGAAAAUAUUCUUGAAAUUUUAUGGCAAAAUAGAUUUAAAAGGACUUUCUGCGACAUUGGAAAGCAAGCAAAUCUCGAAGACAUACAUUCUUCUAUUGGAGGACCAAAUCACUGAAAGGGCACCCGAUUCCCUUCCCAAUUACAGCAGAUCUCUCUGCCAAAUGUAUAAAGAGCUCGAUGAAGAUGAUUUUCUAGCAGAUCUCUCGGAUCAAAAUGAUCUCAAAACAUCUACAGAGCUACUCAAAAUUCUAGGCAAAACCGAUGAAACUGUUAAGUAUGAGAAUGCCUACCUUGAUUCAUCAAUAAUCUUGAAAGGCCAGUCAAAUUCGAGUUCCCUCAGUGCGGCUUUAUUGAAAGAGGGAAUAAAUGGGAUUCUGAUGCAAUUAAACAACGAAAAUCAUCAAGGGGUCUCGUUUGAGUGGGCCUGGAAGUUAAACUUCUGGCAAAUGCCUGCUGAGACAAAAUUUGAUACGAAACACGGAGCAAUUUAUUCCUACUUUCACUCUUUCCAAAAAUCACAAUCCAACCCGUAUGACCUUGUCAUGUCGAACUUUGUUCCUACCAACGAGAGUUGGCAAAAAUUAUCAUAUCACAGACGAGUUGAAACAAUAACUACAUUUUUCGAAACUUUGGGAACGCUUUCUACAAUCAAUUCAAUAUUGAAGUCCGAUUGUGAAGAUUUCGAACAGGAGAUCUCAAGAUUUAACAAAGAAACUCUGUGGCUCAAAUUCUCAGAUUUGAGUUCAGAUCUCGAUAUCUUAGAGGCCAGGCGGACAGCUUUCAUGCUAAAAGAUCGUUUACCUGAGAAGACCGACACUGCGGAAAUGCGAGCGAUACAAGCUGCCGCAUCUGAAAUUUUACGGUACAAUAAUUUGUCGCGGCAACGAAACCUCGAACAGAAGACGCUCAGCUCAGCUACUCUUUUGGAUGACUUAGUCUCUCAGUCAAAUAUAAAAGAACCAACAUUUCAUAGUUCCUUCAAGCAACUUUCUACCUUUCAAGCAGCGAAAGCUCUAUGGGCGCAAGGAAACUGCGAGAUUUCGAUAGCAAUCAUUGAAAAUCUUUCUAAACAAGGCUCCGUUCAUCUACCAUUCAACUCUUUGUCCAUCGACAAGUUACUUUUAGAUGCAUAUAAAGUGACCUGGAUGGCUGAGGCUCGAUUUGAUUAUGGAUCGAACUUAUUGACAAAAUAUGUUGAGCCGCUCUUUACAUCUACCAAUAGCAUAGAGGACUCCAGUCAACAAGAAGAGGCGUGCCGCCUACUUGCUAAAUUUUGUGACAAUGAAGCGAACUCUGCGGAACUUGAGCUGAAGGUCAAGGAACUAGAAAGAAGAAUUGUCGCGAGAAAAAGUGAAAUCGAUGAAAUCAAAGUUCAUUAUGGUAAGACCUCAGUGACUUCAGUUGAGAAGAAAGCUGUGCAAAAGUACUAUUCGCGUUUGAAAACACAAAUCAGUUCUCAAACUACAGAGUUGGAGGAGUUAACAGAAACUCGGCGCAAGUUCAAGGCUUACUCGAUUCAAUUUUUCUUCAGAAGUAUAUUGCUUGAGACUCGCGAUGAAAGCGUAGACAAAUUCUUUUCGUUGUUGCUUGAGCUGGCUUCAGAUUCUCACUUGCAAGAUUUCAUUGAACAAGACCUCAACAGGAUACCGACUCACAUAUGUGUUGGUUGGAUCACGCAGCUCUUGUCAAGGAUUUCAUUGGAUAGUUCGAAAUUUCAGGCCGCGAUUCAAGCCCUUAUUGUUAGAAUUUGUCGCGAACAUCCGUUUCAUUCUUUGUAUUUUUUGAUCUCAUUGGAAUAUCAUGAAGAACAUUCGAUAGAAAGUGAUAAUGCCGUCAUGGCAUCGAGAGUCAAAGCUGCGAAAGCAAUACACAAGCAAUUGCUUUCAGCCGAUGUUCUGUUUGGUGCAACGAUCUUAAUUCCCACUUAUGAAUUUUGUCAGGAGAGUGUCACACUUGCACAAUACAAAGCAUCUAAAAGUCGGAGAAUCCAGCUCGAUAAAUUGAAAGUAGGUGACUUUUGGAUGCAUAGACUCCCGAAGAUCCCUCCUCCGACCAUACUGCUACCUAUCACAAGUGCUGGAUAUGAGAAUAUCCCUCGAAUGGUACUGAUAGAUCCAAAGCUUUCCGUUGCAGCAUCAGGGUUGAGCUUACCAAAAAUUGCGACAUUCAUAUUAUCAAAUGGAAAAUCUCAUCGCAUGCUCUUAAAACACAGUACCGAUGAUAUUCGGCAAGAUGCAAUUAUGGAACAGGUCUUUGAAAAGGUCAACAAUCUCAUGUCACGGGAUUCCCAUGCCAGAAGAAGAAAUUUGAGAAUUAGGACAUACAAAGCUGUACCAAUGGGCCCCAAAGCUGGAAUGAUCGAAUUUGUGCCAGACACAAACGCCUUGAUAGAAAUUGUGAGACCUCUCCACCAAAAGCAAGAUGCUAUGAAAAUUGAUGUUGCCCGAGAUCUCAUGAAAAAAGCACAAAAUGAAGAAUCGGCAUCUCGUGUCAAGGUAUUUCGUGGCAUAUGCACCCAAAUUCAACCAGUUUUAAGAAGCUACUUUGUGCAAAAUUUUCGUGACCCUGACAUUUGGUUCAAAAACCGACUUACUUAUACUCGCGGCAUAGCUGCCUCUUCCAUUGUUGGUCAUAUCCUUGGACUAGGUGAUCGCCAUUGCAAUAAUAUACUUCUAGAUGGAGUUACUGGAGAGCCAGUUCACAUCGAUCUUGGAGUUGCCUUUGAUCAGGGAAAGAGACUUCCAAUCCCAGAGUCUGUACCUUUUAGAUUGACAAGAGAUAUCGUGGAUGCUUUUGGUGUAACGGGUACUCGUGGCUUGUUCAGUAAAGCAUGCGAACACACUCUACAAGUGUUGAGAGACAAUCAACAGCGAAUAAUCUCCAUUCUUGAUGUUUUGAGAUGGGAUCCUUUAUACUCAUGGUCCAUUUCCCCAAUGCGGGUCAAGCAAAUUCAAGAGACCAAUGAAGGCGAGUUCAACUUACAUACCACGGAGGAUGGAUCAGAAGCUGUUACGGCUAUUUUAACAGUAGGAGAAAAGCUUAAUGCAAAAGGAUUAAGCAAUUCAGCGGUUGUCAGAGAACUUAUUAGGGAGGCUACAGACGAGCAUAAUUUGGCUGUUAUAUAUUGUGGUUGGUGUCCCUUCUACUAA